AUGACAAGCACAAUCGUCAAUAUUCUCGAGGCAGCCAUGGAUACUGACAAGAGCCACCCACCUCCAUUUUCGCACGAAGAUAGGCAUGAUACGAAACAACUGGAGCCUAAGAAACGCACCCGAACUGGCUGUCUCAACUGCAGUCGUCGCCGACGAAAAUGUGACGAAGAAAAGCCGACUUGCACUGGUUGUAAGCGACGAGGCGAUGAGUGCCAAUGGCGCAUGCUAGGCUCAUUUCGCGAUUCCAACAUCAAAAUACUGGAAUCUGAUCACCCAUCGAUGAGCCAGGGCGGCGCCGUGAGCAAAAACAAGCGCCAAAGUAAAUUCAAGAUCUUGAAUGCUUUGCCUGAUCAGCAUCGCACUAGAGGGGUCAAACGUCCUAUCGAAGAAAUCUCCGAUCUAUUGGCGCGAAAAAGCCCCUCUAUAUCGCCUUCUAACGCCAAUAGCGCUAUGCCAGCAAGGGUUACGGCGCCAGAGGACCAGCGAAAUGCCACUACUGCUUCUGGAUAUGCGGAUCAACCUUCCGAUUCGACUGAUAUUGGUCCUCCUUUGUCGCCCCCGCUGACCGGUAAUGCAUCAUCCCAUACGUCACAAGGCCCCAGUAAAAAUUCCCCCCACUGCGAUGUCAUCGAGCAGGAUGCAAGUCAUUUACACCAGCAUGGAUCAACUAGCCAAGAUCAAUACCCGGCCAAUCUGCAUUGUGAUUUUCAGCCUCAACUAUCUGAUCAUGAUUCACCUCACGCCUAUUUGGACUCCAGUCCUGGAUACGCUAUCGAUGACCUUGCUACGCUAAGGAAUCUCAACGGCGCUCAAUUUCAUUCCUCUGUGGAGGGCUCAUAUCAAAACGUCCCGUCUCCUCUCUUUGAUCAUAGUGUCUUCUCCGACCCGGCGGAUCUCACCAAUGAUGUCUUCCUUCCGGGGUCGGCCUACGAGGCCCUCCACACGGCGUUACGAAACCGCCAGUUAUGGACUGCCAGACCGGGUGUUACAAGACGGGCCAGCUCACAGGGCUCUAUCUCGCAAGCUCAUACGCCGUCAGGUCUGAGUGAUAGUUCUUUCAGUCGAUCUACGCGACAGCCUCAGCGUUCUAGUGCAGGGCGAUAUUUUGACUUGUCUCCAGAGCGAGAGCACGUUUUGUGGCAGAACUACCUGAAUGAAAUCUGCUCAUGGCUCGACAUGUUCGACAACAAUCGGCAUUUUGCUUCCACGUUUCCCCAGAUGGCAAAGACAUCGCCGCAUUUGCGAUACUCAAUUCUAGCUCUUUCAGCGCGACAACUGGAGAGAGAGCAAAACGAAAAGUCCCAAUCAGAGAGUUUGUCUUUGUAUCAAGAAGCUAUUCAUCUUCUGUUCCCUGAAUUAGAGAGUAAGAGUACGCCCGUGAUUGCCUCUUGUGUUAUUCUCUGCGUUUUGGAAAUGCUGUCCUGCAACCCAAAAGAAUGGCGACGCCAUUUGGAUGGGUGUGCUUAUCUGAUUCAAGCCGCCGGUAUCAAUGGUUUCUCGGGGAAAGAAGAGCAGGCUCUUUUCUGGUGCUUUGCCAGAAUGGAUGUUUGUGGUGGUCUCAUCUCCGAGGAGGACACUAUAAUCCCAAUUCACAACUGGAGACCCAAAGACAUGAGCUGCUCCGAGGCGUCACGUCUGUUUCUUUCAUCCAACAAGACAAAUUUCGACACAUAUGCCAACUAUACUGUCUACUUAUGUGCAGUAACACUCGGUGUCCUGUUCGGAUCGACAUCCAAAGCCCCGCACCCCUGCACAUCUUGCCAGUCAUUUCCUGAAGAGGAUGGAAAUUCUUAUGUCCACCGCUGGGGAGAGUUGUUCGCCCAUGUGGAACAAUGGUAUGAGAACCGGCCCAGCCAGAUGAAGUCUAUCUUCACUGUUUCCAACCCUAGCCAAGUUUCGAGAGAUAGGCCCUUUCCAACGGUAUUAUAUGGGAAUGGAUGUGCCAUCUCUGGUAAUCAGCUAUACCAUGUCAGUGCCUUGCUUUUACUCCAACGGAAGCCGAAGACAAUAGUACUUUCAAAAAAGCCGAAGUCUGUCCUUUGGCAUGCUCGCCAAAUUUGUGCCAUCUCUGCUUCAAAUGCCCAUCAUGGAUGCUGGACUAAUGCACUGCAGCCUCUCUGGAUAGCCGGAAAGGUCAUGUCACAUUAUUCAGAGCAUGAAGCUAUAGUCGAGACGCUGGUCCGAAUCGAGCGUGAGACUGGAUGGGCAACUACAUGGCGAGUUGAGGAUCUGAAAGAAUUCUGGGGCGAAUAUGAUAACGAAGACGAGUGCGAUGCCGACAUGGACUAA